AUAUUCCAUGGGAGCGCGAACCACCAAACAAUCUUCAUGCUGAUGGGCUGACCGACAUUGAUAUUGAGGAAGACGAAGACACUCGCAAAGCUUCGAGUUUUGUCGUUCUUUCAACUGGCAUGUCGGCCGCGGAGCCCGUGAAGCCCGUGGAUUUGGAUGCGGUAAGAAAAAGCUAAUAAAACCAUUUUUCUUCUCCACAGACUAAAGCAAUUUCAGACUUGUUACGAAAGCUUCAUGAAUGAAUCAAAAGGGUGCUACAUCAACGAGAUCAGUUUUAUCUUUUUUUUUUUCGGAAACGGAAAGUCCAAGUCGCAUCUUGUACCCGUGCUCGUCCUGCCUCAUUCUUUAGGCCGAUGCCCUCGUGGGCAAGAUUGGCGAAGAGAGCAGCGAUGCUGACGGAGGGACGGUAUAAAUAUGACGAUACAAAGCAACUAGUAGAGCAACUACUUUUGAUGCCUCAUGAAGUAGGAGUUUCGGAAUUGUGUAUAAGAAAAUGAAGAAGAUAUUACAGGCUGAUCUUCAUUCUUGUCUUCACUAUCUAGUACUUUCGAGUUUUGUCGUUCUUUCAACGGGGGUUGUAUAGCAGGUCGGCAAGGAGGUAUGCGAUAUAUAGAGAUAAGAUGAACAUGAGAAAAGAGAACUACCACCAGACAACUUCGUUCUCCCGCAAGUACAAGUGUGGGCUUCGAAAUUAUUGUCUCGAAGAAGAUGAAGGCGCAGAAAGUUCUACAACUCCAAUUAUUAUGACCACUAUAAUCUACUUCGAAGACUAUGAUGGGAUGAUCUUUUCAAGAACGACUACUAGUUUCCUUGAAAGUAAUAUCUAUAUCACUUCUUGUCUUUCAUAUUUCAGGCUGCGACGGCUUCUGGUAGUGGUACAGUUUCAGUGAGCCAAGAACGCCGAAGGCUGCUGGAGGAACUAAGAGCAAAACUGAAGGAACAAGAGGGCUUGUUGGGUGAGCUGGAAGAACAGCUAGAUAUGCAAGGUGAUGACAACGCAGGAGAACGUAAUAUCCCAGAAAGUAGUGGAUUCCCGAACGCAGCGAGCGCAAGCGCGGUACCUCUUCUAUAUAGUUAGGCGAACCACUAGCACCUAUAAAAAGUUUGAGUUUGACAAUGUUUCACAUGUUUGUUAAGUAGUACUUCUUGCCAUUCUUGUGCUUGUCUUUCGUUCAUCUUCAGGCUCCGGUGACUGCAGGGACUUUUGCCGUGACCCCAGAGCUGAACGAGAAACUACAAAAACUACAACAAGAAUACGCUGCCGCUCUUGGAACACAAGAGAACAAUGCGGCACAGCAAAUAAAAUACCUGGAAGCAAUGCAACACACUUACGGUUUGUCGCAAGUAGGCAUUGAAGCGCAGAUGCAGAAGCUGCAAAAAGCCGUUCUUGAUGGGAUGGCGAGACUGGGACUUGCAGGCGGAAACUUGCAUGCAGGCCUUGAUGCGGUCCAAAGUGGACUGAAGGUAUCUUAUAAAGUCAGGAGAACAAAAAUUCCACCUUGUGAUAUUUUUCACGAGCUGCCCAGACUAGUUGGAAGAUAUGCACAUUUCGCAUCCUCAUUUGACCGCCUGCUUGAAAUAGCUUUGUUCUGCGUACAAGAAAAAUACAACAGGUGGAACAAGAAGAUAUCAAGUCCUUCAAGGAUGAAAGAUCAGUUUGAUCAUAUUUUUCUGAAACUCCUCAGAAUAAACUCCAUAUCCUCACCCAUUCUUCAGGCUGUGAACGGCGCUAAGAUCUAUGACAGCACGGACGGCGACACUUCGAAGAUACGUAUUGUGCCAAUUGAGUGGAAAGGUGACGCAGACGGGGCCAACUGGGACUUCCCAUUUCUGCAAGUAGACAGCAGCACAAGUAGUAGUAGCAAGGUGGCUGCAGUACUAAAAACUGUUCAGUACGUGCAAAUCCCAAAAGAUAGUCUCUCUCAUUUGCGGCCUUGGCGCAAUUACUAUCGCUUCGCCAUCGACGGUUCGAAGGGAGGUAGAGGUUGGCUUCAUGAGAUGCAGCGACAGGCCAGUUUGCUCAAUGACCUUGGUCUUUUUGUUGCGAUGUGCCGCCAUGGGUUCGACGACGUCUCCGUGUCUCUCAGAUCAGAUCCCACGAAUAUGAAAAUCGCAACACACCACUGGUGGAGUGCGGUCGUCAAGGACGAACCUGCGUUCCAAACGCUAUUCGGUCAGAGAUUUCUAAGCGAGAUUCAGAAUAGCAAAAAGGAAAUCAGAAUUCGAUCGAUCGGCUGGUGCAGCAAGUACUUCGACGGCAACAGCGAAAAUCCGUGCCCCCCCGGUUGGUCGUCCGACUCUAGAGGAGAAGAGAAUGUAGCUGGCUUUAGCGAGAAGCUGCACCAUAUGACGUCCGACGAAUUCGGUAACCCUGAAGCUUUUCGUCUCCAAGUGGAAUGUGCCGCGCCGAGGAACGAUCGUCCCGAGAUAUUUGGGGUGUUUCGCAGGGUAUUCGUUGAGUUCUGGUGGAGGAAAGAGGCAUGAAGGCACGCAAAGGUAUCCAGACUGAUUUUUGUUGAAGAACUCUACUCAGUCAUCUAGAUGGUGACCAAUGCGGUCGACCUUGUAGACGCCUACGAUUUUGCGAUGUGCAGGUGUGGCGAAUGAAUUGUUGACACUGCAGAUGAUUCUGAGAACUACAACUACAGCACCAACAAACAUGAGUAUUUUUGUGCUUUGUACCAUUUUACGACGCUGUAUGAUGAAAAACAAAAAUAAAAAGAUGGGGAUGCUGACAUUAUGACGAUUUUUAGACUUCUACACCCAGACGCUGGAUGCCGAAAGUAAUCGCGCAUGUCUAUCUAGUCCUCGGCGGUAGCUGAU